AUGUCUCGUUCUUACAUUUGCGUAAAAGUGAUGUUCCGUCUCUAUGCUUGUGUAAAGGAAACUGUCAAUGGUUCAUCAUUGAAAAAGAUAUUCUCUCCUGCAUCUUUCUUUUCUAGAUCCUCUUCUCAAAGAAGUUUUCGCAAAACUUCAUCUUUUCAUAGAUCAUAUUCUGAUUCUAGAGGAUCUUUCAGGGAGGAUGUCGCUGGUUCAUCUUCCGCAAAAAGUUCUUCCAGAAAACCUCCUCCAGCUAAAGAAUAUUCUUCUACAAGUUCCUCUUCUGCAAAACCGGCUUCUACAAAACCUCCUUCCUCUGAAAAAUACUCCUCUUCGGGUUCAUCUUCUGGACCAUCUUAUUCCACCAAACCUCCUUCUGAAAAAUCUUCCUCCAAAAUUUCAAACUUUCGCAAUCCAUUUUUUGAACUAGCACCACAAGUAAAGACCGCAGCUAGCUAUAAAAGUAUACAACAUUUGGCUACAUUAAUCAUACAGCUAAACUCUGAGAUAAAAUCAGCCUCAUAUUUUAGAGGCAAUUUCAACCGAGAUUUGGUUGGACGUUGUCUGAGCUAUGCUCAUGGAUUACUUCGAAAAGACAGAGUACAUUACAUGGAUGCUGUUUGGCCUUUAGGAGUGCUACAUGGUUUAAAUGAUUAUGCAGCUGCGCAUGGACACGAUAUAGAAGAUGUCCUUGAUUAUCAAGUAUAUCUUUUCCUUUUUUUCACUACAGACUUGCAGGAAAACAUUAUGAAUGAGGUCAAGAAAUUCGCAUUAUCUCCAUCAAAAGAACGCAAGGAAACAGCAGAUCCAGGUGAUUUAAUUUCGCUGGGAAUAGCUGAUUAUACUUCUUUUUCUGAUGAUCACUUUGUAUGUCCUCUAGAGCUUGUGGAGAGAUGUGCACGAGCUCGGUUAUUCAGUCAUCAUCAUAUGCUAAAGCAAGAAGAACAUUCUAUACCCGAAUCGACCACGAUUGAAAAAAUCAUUGAAGAGUACCUAACUGGAAGUGUCUCGAAAGAAAAAACUCCAGCUAUGAUGAGUGAAUUAAUAAAACUUGUGGGAGACCAGGAGAUUACUAGUUGGGAGAAAUUCUUUGCUACAGAAGUUUGUGUUCAUCUGUCAACUCACAAUCCUGAAAUCCGAACCAAUCUAGAAAGAUUAAUCAUUCAAAACUCUGAGUUUCGAGUACAAUUUUAUAUGAUAUACGCUCAAAAAGAUAUUGAGGAUUAUUUCUCGCCGUGCGAUACGGCAGUAAGAGUUAGAGAUACGCUCUAUAAAUUCGGAGAUCCAAUUCAGGGACUCAGCAAGGGAGAUGUUCAAUCAGUCAUAAACGUCAUGAAAUCUAAGCGACAUGGAAUCAACGACCUAAUGAGAAUCCAUCGAAUUUUGAUGGCAAAGAGCUUCUUCAGUCCUAUAAUCUUGAGCGUCAUGUUCGAAGAGACUCAGACACACAAUGGAAUUCCACCUCAAGUUGCAGAGAUCUGGGAAAGGCUUUAUACUGGCAUCGAGACAAACGGUACCACACUUGCAGACUUUGAAUAUUAUUUACUCAGAGCUGGUCAUAUACCUGGUUUGGUGUCAGGUGGUCGACGAGUUUUGUUUGCACGUAAGAUGCUCGGUCGGCAAAAACAUCAAGCCACUCACCUCAGCACAAUCGCAAUUGGUCUAAUGAGCCUGCCAUGGAAAGUGAAUGAAAACACAUUGGGAAUGGCAAUGCAACUUCAGCGCGUGAUUGAUGAUUACUUCGAAAUGAGGCCAUAUGUAGAUGUGAUGUUGUUUGAAGCGUACAUUCAUUUGAUAUCCUAUCAUGAAGCAUGUGCGCAUAUCAUGUUGAUGAACUUGAACUUCAAGCCCGGCUUCCGUGAAAUAAUCAAAAGAUGUGCAGAACUGGUUUUGCAAAACACAAAAGGUGCAUCAGGAGUUGCACCGAUUGUUUUUUCCAAAUUUGCUCAAAAUGUUAAAAGUACCAUUGAGCACUUGGAAAAUGCAGAGAGGGAAAUUCAUCCAGACAGUCUAAGAGAGUGGGCUGUAUCUUUUCACAAAGCCAUAGCCCAUUGA